GGGAGGGCUGGAGACGUGCUUUGCAUUGGCAGGCUGAUGAGGACACGUGUCUCCUCCCUGCCUCCCCCCGGGCUCCACGGUACCGCAUUGGCAUCAGUAAAGGCACCUGAAAACCGACAACGAUCUCCUGGAAACGCUGCCUGUCGCCUUAUAACCUAAAAGAAAACGAUAUCAUAGGCCCUGCAGAAACCUGUGGCUCGCCUUUCUUCGUGCGUAAAGCUUUUGCGCACACCGCCGAACUGCCUCAGAGACUCAAAAAGGUGCACUACUCGUCGAGCAUCAGAGCGCAGUGCCAAGAUGCAGAAACGGAGCAGCGACGUCUGAAGGUGACAUGAACCUGGGGAUAAUCAAGAGCAGCGGGCGUACACUAACCAAGAAGUGGAGAUAGCAACUGAAAACCGUCGGUGUCUUAAAACAAAACUUGCGCUUUUCCUCGUGGCUUUAUAUCUAAUGCAGAGAAUCAAGAGCUGUCAUCCAAAGUAACUUCACAUUUUUACUGACGGGAGGAGAAGAACACACUAAUUAAGCUGCAGAAAGUUGCGAUUCGGGAGAGGAGCGAAAAUGGCGACGUUAAUCAGAAGCAAGCUUUCGAAUAAACUGUCAAAUGCAGCCACCACUGUCUCCAACAAAUCCCAGGCGAAGGUGAGCGGGAUGUUCGCCAGGAUGGGGUUCCAGGCCGCCACCGACGAGGAGGGACUGGGCUUCGUUGCGUGCGAUGACCUGGACUACGACCACCGGCAAGGCAUGCAGAUGGACAUUUUGACAACCGAUGAGAUUGGAGGCGAGGGGAGCGGAGACGGAGGCGGACUGGACGGGGACAGCCACUACCAGAGGGACGGCACCGGUCCACCGCGCUCGGGCUCAAAAGACGGAGAUCCGGCGAACGAGUUGACUGAAGAAAAACCAAAAAUCACCGCGUGGGAGGCGGGCUGGAACGUCACGAAUGCGAUCCAGGGGAUGUUCGUUCUUGGGUUGCCCUACGCCAUCCUGCACGGAGGAUACCUCGGACUUUUUCUCAUUAUUUUCGCCGCCGUUGUGUGCUGUUACACGGGGAAAAUCCUCAUUGCCUGUCUGUACGAGGAGGACGAAGACGGACAGCUCGUCCGUGUGCGGGACUCCUAUGUGGACAUUGCCAACGCCUGCUGCACGCCCAGAUUCCCAUCUUUAGGUGGCCAUAUCGUGAAUGUAGCCCAAAUCAUCGAGCUAGUGAUGACCUGCAUCCUGUAUGUGGUGGUCAGUGGUAACCUCAUGUAUAACAGCUUCCCCAGCAUGCCAAUAUCCCAGAAGUCGUGGGCUAUCAUCGCCACCGCCGCUCUCCUCCCCUGCGCCUUCCUCAAGAGCCUGAAAGCCGUCUCCAAGUUCAGCUUGCUGUGCACGAUGGCCCACUUUGUCAUCAACGUCCUGGUGAUAGCCUAUUGCCUCUCCAGGGCGAGGGACUGGGCCUGGGACAAGGUCAAGUUUUACAUCGAUGUCAAGAAGUUCCCGAUCUCCAUUGGGAUUAUCGUGUUCAGCUACACCUCGCAGAUCUUCCUGCCGUCUCUGGAGGGGAACAUGUCGAAACCGAGCGAGUUCCACUGCAUGAUGAACUGGACUCACAUCGCUGCCUGCAUCCUCAAGGGCCUGUUCGCCCUCGUGGCCUACUUGACCUGGGCCGAUACGACCAAGGAGGUCAUCACAGACAACCUGCCCUCAACCAUCAGAGCCGUUGUCAACCUCUUUCUUGUGGCAAAAGCCUUGCUGUCGUAUCCGCUGCCGUUUUUCGCCGCUGUCGAGGUAUUCGAGAAAUCGUUUUUCCAGGACGGAGGACGUGCAGCCUUUCCAGGUUGCUACGGGGGCGAUGGACGCAUAAAGUCCUGGGGACUCAGUCUCCGAUGCCUCCUUGUUGUGUUCACCUUGCUCAUGGCGAUCUAUGUGCCACAUUUCGCCCUCCUCAUGGGUCUCACUGGCAGCCUGACAGGUGCAGGCCUGUGCUUUCUGCUUCCCAGUCUCUUCCACCUCAGGCUUUUAUGGAGAAAGCUGCUAUGGCACCAGGUUUUCUUUGACGUCGCCAUAUUUGUAAUAGGAGGUAUAUGCAGCAUAUCUGGUUUUAUCCACUCAGUAGAAGGUCUGGUAGAGGCUUUUCAAUAUAACAUACAAGAGUAGAUGCAUUGCUGGAACUAGAUGUAAACUGCAAAUCGCCAUUUAGUGAAAAAAAUAGAAACAUGACUUCUCGGCAAGCGCAGCCCCUCUGCUUAAUUCAUGCGUAAAAAGCGCGCUCACAACACACGCGGAGAUUUCCGCAUUCAUACAGUCUUGCAUCAAUUCAGAAAAAAUGCGCGCAAACACACACACACACACACACACACACACACACACACAGAGA